AUGAAGGUGUGUACUAAUAUCAUAUCAUUUAUUGAACUCCUCCGGCUCGGUCAUAACCGUUUAAGUUCUUCCAAGCGCUGGGGGUACAUUGAUGAGAUUGACCUUGAAUUGGUCAAUCAAGAACUAAAUUUCACCCUGGCUGAUAACUCGUUGCAAAUUAGAGGAGGAUGUGAGCUAUUCACUACGAAGCCAAUUGCAUCGGAUCGGAAACUAUUCAAAACUAUUGAUAAACAUUUGGAUCAGAUAAUUGAGGAUAAUAUAAUAUCCCGGUCUUUAGAGAAGGAACGGCAGAAUUCGAUAUCGUCGCUAUUCGGCACUAGUGGAAGUCCUCAAGAUGUUCGAAUACAGGAGCAACUGCAGCUACAACACCCACAGCAGCAGCAAAGACAACGAAGGUCUAGCUCAACGCUGACGAAAAUCCAGUUCCACAAAUCAGUGGUUCCCGACAUUAAGGAUCCUGAGCAUACACCCAAUGCCUCUUUGCUUUCGAAAUCAUUGAAUGCAACCGAUGACAGUUUCUCCAAUGAUGCUGAACAACAACAAGAUGAGCACGCCAUUGAUGAUUCACCAUUUGGUCCCUUGAAGAACACAACAACGAGACGCACGUUUGCUUACCUUAUUGGGAUCUUGAACCAUACUUUUCCAGAUCAAGAUUUCAGUGAUCUUCAACCUACUCAUGACUUCAUCAAGGUCCCCGUAUCCGAUUUGCUUACUAAGUUUGAUAACUUGUUGAUGUCAUUGGGCAAGAAAAGCGAUGUCCUACACUGGAUGUGGGACAUUCUUGACUCAUAUAUGGAAGUUUUGCCUUCCAAAACGUCGUCUCCAUACCUAGCUGCUCAGGAUACGGAAACAAUUGAACAUCAUUCCGAAAUCAGCACAAAUAGGAAGAAUAGCGUCAAUAAUGGCAGUAGUAGGCAAGGAUCCCCGCCAAACUCCAAAGCUGUUGGUCAAGAAAGUUGCAGUAUUUACCUGUUUGAACCAGCUAAUGAUUCUAUAUUUGAGGAUAUAGCGUACCCUUAUCAGCCCAUGUGGAGCUAUUUCUGGUUCAUUUAUAAUAAAAAGAGAAAGAGGGUUGCUUUUAUUCGGUUGAUAGCUAUAAACAAAGCUGAUUUGGAGGAGGAAGAGUCAGAUACCAAUAAUGGUGGGGACGAAGACGUGGAUGUGGUUGGUAGUAUCGAGAUUUCGUAA